AUCCCAGCCAGCCACCCGACCAGCCACCCUCCUCCGGUCUCUCCUCGUCAUCGUCGUCGUGGUCGUCGUCGUCGCAGGAGCGACGACACCGCUGUGCCGUGCCGUGGGGAACGGUGCUCCGCCUCGCUCCGUUCCGCUCCACUCCGCCUCGUUCGGUUGGAUUUUGCUCCGUUCCGUUCUGUUCCGUCACCGACCCCGGUUUCCCUCCCGACUGCCGAGAGAUCGGCAGCGAGCGAGAGAGAAAGAGAAAGAAGAGAAGGGAUUCUUCUCUCUCUCUCUCUUUCUCCCUUCGGGAUCAUUUCCUUGCCAUUGGUCGCGUGGGAUGCGUCUGGUAUCGUGAUCGCGGAUACCAUUGCCACAGCGCCUCCGUAGUCGCGGCAAACUUCUCAAAAAGUCGGGAAAACGCCGUACUGAUCGCGGCACCCUCCCCGCGUCGUGUGCGCGGGACGAUUCGAUAUCCUGGACACGGCGUUCGCGCGCGUUGUCGUCGGUGUGUGUCAACUUUCGACGCGGGAACACUUCCGAGGAACCUUUCGCGCCGAGAGCCAUCCCACCGAUCUCUUCCGCGGCGCGAGUGUGUGCGCCUCCUUGACGUGGUCGACGUGACAGCGUGGGAAGUCGCGAGUAUUACGCCCUCGCGCUUUCUCCCUCCUUCCCCUCCGGCGUGAGGGAAAGAAAGAGGGACCGCGGCAAGUGCGUUUCCCAAGGACGUCGUCCCGGCGCAUCUCGCCUGGGCUGCGCGCACAGGUGAUGUCCUUCGCCCACCGCUAACAAAGCGAGAGGAACUGCGCCCGGCGUCGUUUUCGCCGCAACGAAAUUAUAUCGGCGACGGUCUCGCGCGGAAAGAAGAAUAGACAGGAACCGCGGUGCGUUGCCUGGUCGCGAAUGACUUCUUCCGUGGAGGGGAAGACAAAAAGAAAUUAGUUUCAUACACACAAAUCAUAUUUAUUUACUGGAAAGCGUAUUAGUUAAGUGUUGUGUAAAAUUGAGGCGAGUAUAAUGUCCACUAGCAACGCUUAACGCCGAAUUCGGAGUGUUGCGUCGAAUUGCAUAACUAGAUGUGCCACUUGGUCGCUAAUUAGUUAAGCUCAGGAGUGCCACAGCCGUCGCCAAGGAAAAGGGGAUAAGAUGUUCAUCGAGGAACGAAAUAAAAUUGAUAAUGAUUAAUACCAAGGUACCAAGAAUUUAACAAAGAAAUACGAGGCAGGCCAGAGAAAAGGUGACGAAGUCAUUGAUUGUGGAAUAGUGAAGGAUUAAGAAAGCGCGACGAGGAAGAGAGGAGAACGCGAGAAGCAUAUCAAUGGUAUAAGAGUUCACGGAGGCAAUUUCUCCUGGCGAGAUCGACGAUCCGAUUGAAGUGCGCGAGGGCCAAUAGGAAGCGGAGACGAGGAAAAUGAGCCUGGAUCGCCGCGGUUCGCGGAACCACGCAGGCAGGAUCGUCCUGGGGACGACGGCUGCCACGGUGGCCUUCGAUGGAACGCCGUCAUACGGUUCAACGACUUAGAGCCUGCGUCCACAGAGCCUGCACGUAACGUUCGCGCUCAACUGACUGCCCCUUUCCGGACCGUGGCGCGAUACGCAACGACCAUCGGAGAUCGAUGGCAACGUGAAACUCCGCUUGGCUGAACGAAACCGAGGGGACUCUCGUUCUCUUCUCCCUCGGCACGUAAAUCCGGAAACGAAUCGAAAUAGGAGACUACGCGUGAGAAGUCGAAUUUACGGUCCGUCGCAUAAUAUGUUUCGACAGCGAAAUUUACGGCAGAGUGUUAACCGUACAUCGAGGUUCACGUUAUUCGGGAUUAAGAUGCAAGACUCGUCCCCGACUCGCCGCGCGAUUGCGAUCGCGACUCACGAUAGGGAUCAUACGGAUGCGUAAUCUAGAUUGAGUGCGUCUCGUCACCGUCGCGAUAAGAAACUGUCUCGUCUCUUUGGAGGAGAGUGCGACGCGCUCUCCGGGAAAUCCUCGGAUCUCUUCCUCUCGCGGACGGAAAUCUACGAAAAAAUCACGGCAUCAUGUUCCAGUGCAUCAUACAGCAGAGGAAUGGCUGGAUCCAUCCCUACACACCCGACACCAAGGACGUUUUCCCAGAUAUACGGCUACAGCUGAACGAGCAGCUGAGAUGUCUCGACGUGAGGAUGGAGGCACAGGUCGCCCUCGUGGCCGAGCUCCAGGAUUUCUUCCGCAAAAGGGCGGAACUGGAGCUGGACUACAGCAAGUCCCUCGACAAGAUGGCCAGGAGCAUACAAUUGAGGCAUAAGGAACAGAAACAAAAGCGGGAACAAUGGCCCAUGUUCUCCAGCUACGCCUGCUGGCAGCAGCUCGUGAACGAGACCAAGUCCCUUAGCAGGGACCACGCCGCCCUGUCCGAGGUCUACAGCACCCACCUCGUGGGCCGACUCAAUCAGGUGAUGGAGGACGUGCAGCGAAUUUACAAGCGUUGUCGCGAGAUCGGCUAUGAGACGCACGAGGAGAUACUUCGGGUACUGCACGAGCUGCACACGACGAUGAAGACCUACCAGGCCUACCAGUCUGAGUCCAGGCAAGCGGAGACGAAGCUCCGCGUCGCCGAGCAGCAGCGCAACAAACUCGAGGUGGCGAACGCGGACAGCCGUGAAAAGCUCGCGCGCAGCAAGAAGUACAAGCUCAUCGAGAAGGAAGUCAACAAGAGGAAGAGCAAGUACCAAGAAGCGAAGUUGAAGGCGCUCAAGGCGAGAAACGAGUACAUCUUGUGCCUGGAGGCUUCAAACACGACGAUACACAAGUACUUCGUCGACGACCUGUCCGAUCUCAUCGACUGCAUGGACUUUGGAUUUCACAAUUGCAUAGCAAGGGCACUGCUGAUGCAUUGCAGCGCGGAGGAGGGUAGGCAACGUUCCCUACAAUCUGGCGCCGAACAAUUAGCUGCGUGCGUCGGUGCGCUCGACUCCCGGGCGGAUAAGCAGAGAUUCCUGGAGUCUCAUCACGCGGCUUUCAUGAUUCCCAAGAAGUUUGAGUUCCAAGGACAGCGUGGAGAUGAGACGCCCGAGCCCGAACUGCAGAAGAUGCUGCACUCGGAGAUGGAACAGCGACUGCAGCAGCUUCAGCAGAGGGUGACGUCGCUGCGAACCGAGUCGGAGGAGGUGUGGAAGACCCUGGAGACGGCGGAGGCGAGUCUGCUCGAGAUGCUGACCGCCAAGGAUUACGAUUGCUCGAGAUACUUCGGCGAGAAUGCCGUACCUACGUCCAGGCCGCCGGAGACGCUGCAGAUCAAGUUGCGAGCUGACAGACAGGAAACUGAAGAAUUCUACCUCACGAAAUUCAGGGAGUACCUUCUCGGCACGUCGAGAAUAGCCAGGUUAGACGCGAAACAGGAGUACAUCCGACAGAGCCUGCUGGAUGGCUCGAACGCCAGCCCGAAUCCGUCAAUUUCCGCGACGAAGCAGAAGCAAGCGCGCCGCAAGCGGAUCGGUCGUCUGCAGAUGAACGGCCAGCCGAAGCUGUUUGGCGGCUCGCUCGAGGAGUACCUGGAGAGCACGAAUCAGGAGAUACCGCUGAUCAUGAAGAGCUGUAUCCGUGUCAUCAAUCUGUACGGCUUGCACCAUCAGGGUAUCUUUCGCGUGUCGGGCUCGCAGGUGGAAAUCAAUAACUUCCGCGAAUGGUUCGAGCGCGGCGAGGAUCCACUUGCAGAUGUCACGGACGCUUCGGAUAUCAACAGCGUCGCCGGGGUGCUGAAACUCUAUCUGAGGGAGCUGCGCGAGCCCCUUUUCCCCAUUAUUUACUUCGAGCAUCUGAUGGAGCUGGCGCAGCUGGAAUCGAAGCAAGACUUCGUCAACAAGAUGAAGGAGCUGAUCGCGAGUCUGCCGCGACCGGUUGUGAUCGUCAUGCGAUAUCUUUUUGCCUUCCUUAAUCACCUGUCGGAAUUCUCGGACGAGAACAUGAUGGAUCCGUACAACUUGGCCAUCUGCUUCGGCCCGACCUUGGUACCCGUUCCGGAGGACAAGGAUCAGGUUCAGUAUCAGAAUCAGGUCAACGAGCUUAUCAAGAAUAUCAUCACGUUCUGCGAGGAGAUUUUCCCAGAGGAUAUUGGGGGCACCCAAUACGAAAAGUACAUCAGCAGAGAACCCGACGACGUGGACGUUGGAGAUUCGCCGACGGAUCAAGUUCAGGAAGACAUGGACUCGGAGGUUUACCCGUCUGAAGAUGAAUCGGAGAAUCUUGAAGCUACGGCGCAAUUUGAUUUCAACGCGAGAUCCGAGAGAGAGCUGAGCUUCAAGAAGGGCGACACUCUGACAUUAUACACGCAGGUCAGCAACGAUUGGUGGCGAGGCGCUCUAGCCGGCAGAGAGGGACUGAUUCCUGACAAAUAUAUUAUGCUCAAGAUAAAGGAUGAGGAGCGUGAGAAGGAACUUUUAAAGUCGUCCAGCGAGGAAUCUAUGCGUAGAAGAGCGUCGAGCUCGGCGGACAGCAUGCUGUCGAGCAACAACUCGCCACUGAUGGGUCCGUCGGCGAAUCCGAGUACCUGGUCGUCCGGCGCGGCGUCCGACAUGUCAUCCGCCACGACGAACAUAAUAACGGACAAUAGUAACGCCAGCGGUAUUAUCGCGUCCGUAGUGACGAAUGUGCCCUGCAUCUCGUCGUCGGCGCAGCCGAUCAUCAGUCGAGAGGCUGAUUCCGUGGCUGCGUCGAGGUCGGCCAGGGCGUCCACCCCUACGGAGGACGAGAAGCGCUCGGAGCAGCACGGACGGAACGGCGCGGACGACGUUCUCCUGGUCGCCCUGGAGAACAAUGUCGACUGCAUCGACGGCUCCGCAAGUUCUGCUCAGCAGCAACGAGGCGGCGGCGGCAACGAGGAGGUCGCGCACGAGGACCUGAGCAGCAUCGUGUCGGCGACGUUGUCGUCGCUGGACGGCAUCGUGGCGAAACGCGGCGCCGGCCGGAAGCAACAGCACUGGAAGUCGCAGAGCGUCGGCGAGAGCGCGAUAGCGCAGCAGCAUCAGCAGCUGCAGCUAUCGCACGCCAACUCUCUGCCGACGUCGACGAUGACGACGACGCUCGCCACGAUAACGGCGGCGACGACGACGGCGACCACGACGACUAUCGCAACGCCGGACGACGAGUCGUCGCACCAGGAGCAACAGACGACGACGACGACCAACUUCUCGGCGAAUCGCGAGCUCUGGCAGCGGCGUGCCAUCUCGCAAACGCAGCCGGCCUCCAAGUCCUCGCCCUACUCCCGCGCGUCACAGGAGUUCCGCGAGAUGCGGCAGAAGCACACGCCCGACCUGGUGAUGGACCUGCCGCUGUCGGCGCAGGAUCCGGUCGGCAACAAGUCCGCGUCGUCCAGCAGCCUGAGUAGCUCUGACGAGGAGACAAUGAUACCGUCGUCCCUGCUGGCGCCACAGCAACAGCAGCAGCAGCAGCAGCAGCAGCAGCAACAAGCACCACCCUUGCGAGCGGAAGCGGCGACGUCGCCGACCGGCGGGCCGGAGUCGCCGGACAUGAGCACCGCCGCCGAGCGCUUUGCCAAGCAGAACCAGUGCACCCUGAAGAAGAACACAAAGACCGGGAACUCGGAGAGCGCCACGACCACCGCCGGCGGUAACAAGCUGAAGCGGAUCGAGACGACGGAGCACGAUGGGACGGGCGGCGUCGUCGUCGUCGAGGCGGCGGAGAACGACGAGAUCGUCCGGUCACCCCUGCCGCCGCGCUCCACCCCCAAGAUCGUCGCCAAAUUCGCCGACAUGCAUUUGACCGGCGGCAGCCAGGUGGUUUCGUCGUUCAAGCCGCAGGUCAAGGUCAAGCCGACGAUCCUACGCAAACCGGUGCUGCCGUUCCCGCACCCGCACAUGAGCCCCGAGCUCGCGCGCAAGAUCGAGAAGCAGGCGCAAAGCGCGGAGCAGGCUAACUAG